UUUAGUAGCUAUGAUCGAGAUGGUUUCAGGAUUAUGGUGAGGUGAAAUGGCAAGCGAGGCGGAUAUUCUGCAAGCCAGGAACCUCAACAAGAGAACUAAACUAGGACCUCCUGAUGUCUACCCUCAAGUCAAGGAUCAAAGAGAGGACAAACUCAACGAUCUUAGUCUCAAAAAGGGUUUCUCGAAUCCACCAGUAACUCAGAACGAAUGUGGCUCAGCUCGAGAGAGAAUCAAAGCGAAGGGCCUGAGCACGCUCCAACAGAGUAUACAGCUGUCUUCAGAGAAACUAGCCGCUCAGAAACAUAAUAACAACACUGUUAAUGAUAAUGGGACUAGGAAGAUACAGACGAUUCAGAGGGACCAAUUCUGGUCCGUUAAUCCCAGAUCCAACAGACAAACUAUCAAGAAGUUUUUUGGUGAUCUGAGUUCGUCCAGCAAGUCACUAUCCUCCCUGGUGAAGAGCAGGAUUCCUUCUUUUCAGAAGAAGGAGGAGAUUCUAGACCAUAUGGCCGAGUAUCAGGUCCCUGUAAUGAGAGCUAUAUGGUUCAUGAAGAUAACAGCAGUGUACGUCAGUAGUAUCAGCAAGAAGAGGAACACCUGUGUGGCUCUGGAGUGGACUAAGUGUAUUUCGGAGUACCUGAAAGACAACCUGGCCAAGUUCGCAGAGCACAAUGUAGAAUACGGUAAGAUCAGCACAGUGAACACAGGUAACAAGGCGGUACAGGAGGCCAACUCUGCUAAAAACAGGUGGAACUACACACUCAGACUCUGUCACUGCAUGUACCAGGAUGGGUUACUAGACAGGCAGGAGUUCCUCUUGUUUAUUAUAAAGUGGGUACACGAACUGAAAGUUACUGAAAAGGAAGACAUCUUAAAACAUCUCGUACAGGUGAUGUUAACGUAUUUGGACGAUGUUGUUGGGAAUUUCGUUUUGUCCCGCUCCGCAGCCUACAUGUGCGUCAACAAACUCAAUAGUCUCUCUGAAGUUAACAGUGUCAGAAGUGUAUUCGACUGGGACAGUGCAGUAAAGGAAUGUCACGUCCCAGCCAAGUCAGACUGUCCGUAUCACGACGCCCUCCUCCUCGUCUUCUCCACUGUGUUGCAACGUAUCACUCUCAUGUGUCCCACUGCUCUGGUCUUCCAACGGGCCUGGCAAUCUCCACUGAGUGUUAUAGAGUCAGGUGCAGUGUCAGGUGCAGUUUUAGGUGCAGUUUCAGGUGCAGUUGUAGAGAAGGAGUCUCCUCUAGAUCACCUCCCUUGCUACCCUGCUUCUCUUCCUUUCCCUAAAUCCCUCACUGAACCACAAGUAGAACAGUUUAGAAGUGAGAUACAGGACAGCACGGAGGAUGUGAGAGCGAGGAGCGUGAUAUCUGAGGAGAGGUGGAUAAUGGGGGAGGACACUAACCAGGCCCCUUCUGUUAUACCAAUGUUAACCACACUAGACGAGCACAACUUCUACACAGCUCAACAGGGUUAG